AUGCAAGUGAAGUUGAUGAAGAAGGGGUGUGAGCUAUUUUUCAGUAGAGUGCAAGAUGUGAGUAAAAAGGUAGCAUUGAAGAUCGAGGAUGUUCCAAUCGUGAAUGAGUUUAUGGAUGUGUUUCCAAGUGAGAUUUCGGGUAUGUCGCCUGCAAGAGUUGUUCACUUCACCAUAGACUUAGUUCACUUCUCGAAGAUAGCUAGGCCAAUGGCCAACUUUAUGAAGAAAGAGUCGAAAUUCGAGUGGAGUGAGACACGCGAGGAAGCUUUUAAGAUUUUAGAGGAGCGUUUAACCUCUGCACCCAUUUUGACCAUGCCUGAUGGAUAUGAGGUGUAUAUUGAUGCUUCGAAGAAUGGUUUGGGAUGUGUUUGGCAGGAUAAUGAGAAAAUAGAUCAUAAGAGACCAAUGGGGAGGGUUCAAUCCUUAGAGGUUCCUGGAUGGAAUGAAGUAGGAUUCUAUUUCAGUGGAUUUUGUGACCGCUUUGCCGAACACCAGAAACGGCAAUGA